GCCAAGCUCGGCUGCUGCUAUUCAGAAUGGCUGCUCUUCCCGUCGGUGGUGCCGGUGUCUCAGCCCAGACCAAGCUCAAUUGCCCUAGAUUCCUAAUCCUGUCCUCUUCUUCCAAUCCCUCCGGCCAGCGGCUCAGACGCCAUACGGUGUCAGCGCUACCAUCGAACAACAACAAUGAGAGCGAAGAGACGGCUCGGACGGGAGAGGAGGAGAAGCAGGGAGUUUCAUUGACCCUUGACGACGUAAAUCCGGUCGGUCUUGGUCGUAAAUCUCGCCAGAUAUUCGAUGAGGUCUGGCGCAAGUUCUCCGGCCUUGGCCAGAUUUCCCGGACCACAACCGAUGAGCGCUUGCUGGAUACCGUCCUCAUCCGUGGCCCGAUGUGCGAGUUCACCGUCCCUGAGGCCCAGGACACCACCGUGCUCGUUGUUGGAGCUACUAGCAGGAUCGGAAGGAUUGUUAUCCGCAAGCUCAUGCUUAGGGGCUACAAGGUCAAGGCACUGGUUAGAAACGAUGAUCCAGAAGUGGUGGAUAUGCUUCCAAGAUCAGUGACCAUCAUGGUUGGUGAUGUUGGUGAACCUUCUUCACUACGAGCUGCCGUUGCUGGCUGCAAUAAGAUCAUUUAUUGUGCAACUGCACGUUCGACCAUUACCGGGGACCUAAACAGAGUAGAUAAUCAAGGAGUCCGCAAUGUGGCCAAGGCAUUUCAGGACUAUAAUAAUGAGCUAGCACAGUUGAGGGCUGGUAAAAGCAGCAAAAGCAAACUCCUGCUUGCAAAGUUCAAAUCUGAAAAGUCAUUAGAGGGUUGGGAAGUUCGCCAGGGAACUUACUUCCAGGAUGUUGUUGCUGCCAAGUAUGAUGGAGGAAUGAAUGCGAAAUUUGAAUUUACAGAAUCUGGGGAUACUGUCUUCUCUGGAUAUGUUUUCACUAGAGGCGGGUAUGUUGAACUCUCGAAAAGACUCUCUCUUCCCUUGGGUUCCACUCUUGACAGGUAUGAUGGUUUGGUUCUUUCUUUGGGUGGAAAUGGGAGGUCAUAUGUUUUGAUUCUUCAAGCUGGGCCGCUGGCUGAUACUUCCCAAAGCAAAUUGUACUUUACUCGAAUAAGCACAAAAGUGGGCUUCUGCAGGGUAAGAGUACCAUUUUCAUCUUUUCGUCCGGUCAGACCUGAUGAUCCACCCUUGGAUCCUUUUCUAGUACAUACAUUGACGAUUCGUUUUGAACCAAGAAGACAGAGGCCUGCUGAGGGACCUUCAGGAAAUAAUCAAGACCCUAGAAGCUUCAAACUUAUACUGGAGUAUAUUAAAGCCUUACCUACUGGCCAAGAAACAGACUUUAUAUUGGUGUCAUGUACUGGUUCUGGAAUUGAACCAAACAGGAGAGAUCAAGUUCUGAAAGCCAAGAAGGCGGGAGAGGAUGCAUUAAGAAGAUCUGGUCUUGGGUACACUAUUGUUCGCCCUGGUCCAUUGAAGGAAGAACCUGGUGGCCAGCGUGCCCUCAUCUUUGAUCAAGGGAACAGGAUCUCUCAGGGUAUCAGUUGUGCUGAUGUAGCAGAUAUCUGUGUUAAGUCAUUGCAUGAUUCAACUGCAAGAAACAAGAGUUUUGAUGUAUGCUACGAGUAUGUUGCCAAAGGGAGGAAUGAGCUCUAUGAGUUGGUAGCCCAUCUGCCAGAUAAAGCAAAUAACUACCUCACACCAGCUCUAUCCGUUCUGGAGAAGAACUCAUGAGAAAAGAAUGAAGAAAGCGAGUUCCCUCCAUAGCUUCUUGCAUGCCCUCCUGGUGAACAAGCAGAUUACUUGGAAAGCCGCUGCUCCAUUUUGCCUUCUUGUACAUUGCUAAGUUGUUGAAGUCGGAAAUAAUUGUGAUUGUAUAUGAUAACCAAAGAUGUAACACGCAUACUGGCCAGUUGAGUGCUUGGCCAUCAAUUCAUACAAAGCAUAGAGGAAUACAUUGCUGCGACAAACUCAAGCGGUUGUAAAUAGAGUCGGUCUUAAUAAUCAUGGUUGAUUUGCUCUUC